AUGGCUUUGGAAGUGCUCUCAAUCACACCUGGUGAGCUGCACGACCUCGUGCGACUACAUCAGAAUGCGAAAUGGCCAGAAUGCAAGAAAAUGUUCCCCUGGGCUCAUGACAUUUCCUUUUGUCAACCACCAGACUUUCCUCAUUCCCUUGCAAUAGUCAAGUCACAAUCAGAUGCCUAUAAUUCGGCGCUCUUACGUAGUUCUCUUGAAGUCAAUGAUAUCUUUCAGUCCUGGAAAGUUCACACAUCAUUCCACAGAAUGGACGACGAAUGCGAAACUCCAGAUGAAUCUGAUGGUUUUCACUAUCCCAAUAACACUAAGGAGUUGUUAAAUUUGUUAAAGUUCCAGAUAAGUCAAUUGCAAAUGAAAAUAGAAGAUAUUGAGCUAGAAAAUGUUGCUGCUUAUUGUCAUAGGCAUGGCAUUUUACCGUUUCUGAAAGUUGAUCCUAGUGGACUAUCGUUAGAAUUUAAAAGACAUCCUAAAAAUAAGGUCGGAUCGAAUGCUAUGCUAAAAUCAAAUGGGCAGGAUGUCUGGGGAAGGAGAGGUUUGUUCCGAAGGUUCGAUCUUCAAUGUGCCAAAAUGGUAGAAAUGGUUGAUAAUAUAGUAAUUUAUUGUUCACAAACAGGGGACACUGCAAACAUACAAACAGAAUCAGAUGCAACAGGUUCUCAUGGAGGAGACUGCCCUAGUUGUACUACACUUGCCUUACUUCUACAGAUAUGUUUAAUGUUUGCUCAAAAAGGUUAUACUGACUGUGAAGAACCACGGUACAAGACUAAUGUGUCUAUUUGCACCUACCAAAAUUUCAAUGUAGAUAUACCUGAAAGUUUAAUUGGCACACCAUUAUUAGAAAAGGCUUUUUUUAAGAGUAGCACACCUUUGAAUCUAUGUUCUUCACCCAGUGAAAUAGUAUGUUUCAAUAACGCUGAUAAAAAUAUGGUCCUGUGCGAAAAAUUAGAAUUGAACAAGCUGACUUCAGCUACACGACUGAAGGAAACAGGUUUGAUUUGCGGUAAUACCACUGAUUGGCAUAAUUAUCAAACUAUAAAAAAAAACAAUCUAUCCCUGCCCAGUCACUCCCAAGAGAACACAAGCAUAGUUUCAUCAAGUCCCUUAGUUUAUGAUCCAGAUAACCCUAUAGCUUCCAUUUCUCGACUAUAUAAUAUACCAAAUACAGAAGAAACUUGGAAAUUGAUUAUAAAGUGUACUUCAAACUCAUCUAUGCCUUCGCUAACAAAAAUCCAAUCAUACCUGGGUUUGUUAUUUGAUGAUGAUGCAUCAAAAUCACAAGAUUAUUUUCAUUUGACUUUCCCAUCGUCAGGUACUAUAGGUUUAGGAAACCUAAACAUUCAAUCCGUGGAAAUUCUUUUAAAUGUCUGCUACCUAAUAUAUCAGGUAUCUCAAAUUCAAGGGUCGUUAACUUUUAUGCAUUGUAAUGAUGGAUAUACAGAAACUUCAUUAUUAUUAACAGCAUAUAUUAUAUUCCACUUCAAUAUUCCGUUACAAGAUGCUCUUCUAAGAAUCCACUCAAGACCAUUUUUCCUUUUCCCAUCCGACUUGCAGGUUUUAGGUCAUUUACAGCCCCUUCUCCGUGAGUUUAGUCCACAAAAAGAAGAUAAUUUUAAAUUAUUUGCCAAUGCGGUUGAAUUUAAAGAUAAAAGUUUUCAAUUGCACAUUUCUUCCGAACUUUUCAGUAGCAUUUUUUUCAUGAAGAUUCCUCUUGAGUCUAACUUCGUUAAUUUGAAGGGUCCAUUACCGUCCCAGAUCCUCCAGCACUUGUAUUUGGGAUCCCUAGACCAUGCGCAAAAUCCUGCUUUGCUUAAAUCCUUAGGAAUUACACAUAUAGUUUCAGUGGGCGAGGUGGUUUCAUGGGCACUGAAUAAGAAGAAGGUCGUUCACCCUGUGAGACCACACCGUGCAGUUACUAUGACUAACACAGAUGAAGUUAUGGGUACUAUUUCAGGUAAUAAAAGUAGGGCAAGAGCAGGCACCACGAUCAACGAUAGGUCAAAAGAUGGUAGUACCGUAGUCAUAAGUGAAAAUUCAGGUUUUCAUAUUUGCCAGAUCGAGAAUUUAGAUGAUAAUGGCAAAGAUCCGCUUUUCCAUCAAAUAGAUAAAGUCUUGAAUUUCAUCAGCAACUCUGAAAAGAAGGGAGGAAAAGUCCUGGUGCAUUGUAUGGUCGGAGUAUCUAGGUCUGCAACGGUUUGUAUUGCUGAAUGCAUGAGGUAUCUCCAUUGUGACUUGGCAAAUGCGUACUUGUUUGUAAGAGUAAGAAGGUUGAACGUUGUUAUCCAGCCAAACUUGUUCUUCGUAUAUGAGCUUUUUAAAUGGUGGAAAAAACACUAUUGUAAAGAAUACGAUAAAACUACAGAUUGGCAUAUCAUUUGUAGAGGUAUUGCGGAAGUUAAUUUAAAAUUCUCAUAA